AUGACCUCGAUCCAGUUCCGCCCACCAUAUACCCAGGAAGAGCUCGACAAACUCUACCCCAAAGACCUGGAAUUGCGGCUUGUCCAAGUCCUCCUGCGCCAUGGGGAACGCGCUCCCGUCUCAGCCCGAUUUGGAAAUGCAGGCUUGCCAGCAUACUGGCCCUAUUGUAAUGCGGCGCAGCGACUGCGCUCCGUCGCCAUGACCCCGCAAGACAUAUCAGAGUGGAACUCUCUACAAUGGAGGAGGAGACUCGAGAGGUUUGGCGAAGACGAUGGGCCAGUCAUUGCGGCUGGACCCAAGGGAGAGGUUGAUGGGGUCUGUCAACUGGGCGAACUCACCGACCCAGGCCGGCAAACGACCUACACCCUAGGCACGCGCCUGCGCACCCUCUACGUCGACCAACUCCGCUUCAUGCCCUCCCUCAUCGCCAAUGCCGACCUGAUCUACCUCCGCUCCACCCCUCUGCCCCGCGCAUUGGAAUCCGUACAACAGACGUUCUGGGGCAUGUAUCCCCUGACAUCCCGCACGGCCGCAUUCCCAGCGCCGACCAUCGUCACACGCACGCCCGCGGACGAAACCCUCUUUCCCAACGACGGGAAUUGCCGACGGUUUGCGCAGUUGAGCAGAGCAUUCGCCCAGCGCACGGCGGACAAAUGGAACGACUCGGACGACAUGAAGUAUCUGACGAAGCUGAUAGGGAAGUGGAUGCCUGAGAAUAGUGACAAGAAGAUUGCCGUGGAUUCACACCCGCGUCUCUCGGGGAUAAUGGACACCAUCAACGCAACCCUCGCUCACGGUCCUGAAACCCGUCUCCCCAGGGAGUUCUAUGACGCCCGCGCCCGCGAAAUCAUCGAUCGAAUCGGCGUGGAGGAGUGGUUUUCAGGGUAUAACGAGAACCGCGAGUAUCGCAUGUUAGGCAUAGGGAGUCUAAUUGGCGACAUCGUCGAGCGGAUGACCUCGAAGAUUGAGGGGGCGGGCCUCUCCAUAAACGAGAUCGGAGGGGAGAAUGGACGACUAGGCAUGGGUCGAGGUGGGGAGACGGGGAUACGGUUUGCGUUGAGCGGUUGCCAUGAUACCACGCUGGCAGGCGUGUUGACAAGUCUGGGUGCGUUUGGCGGAGAGAAGUGGCCGCCUUAUACGAGCCACAUCGCCUUUGAGCUGUUUAGGGAGAAACACGACCAUGGGGAUGCAGCAAAGGGACAAACGUCUGAUGCAGAUUUCCUGACGCCGACGACGCCGGCAAGUCCGGAGCCCAAGAAUCAGUCACGACAAGGUGAGCAGGCCGCCGCGAAACCGGGGUUCUUCACCUCCUUUCUGGGUCUGCGAUCUCCAUUCUCGACUAGCGAUUCAACCUUCACCGGCUCGAGAGACGCCUCAUCAGCCUCCUCCGCGACCUCGUCGUCAAGUCCGCUCUCCACGCCCUCCGUCUCGCGCUCCUCCAGCAUAUCCCCUUCCAUCCCGCCCAAGGAUUUGAUAGCGCGGACUCCGCACUCGGAACUCUCCGAGGCCCAAAAGCGCCGGUUGGACGGCUACUACGUGCGGAUCCGGUACAACGACCGAGUGAUGAAGAUCCCCGCCUGCGCGAAGCCAGAGAACAACUACAAGGGCGACGAGUCGCUGUGCACGUUCGAGGCCUUCAAGCGCGUCGCGGACGGCUUCGUCCCCAAGAACUGGAAGGUCCAGUGUGGCCAAAAUCUCGACGAGGGCGGCAAGGCCGGCAGCUUGUUGACCGCGCCUGGACUCGAUCUCCCCGCUGAGUGGGCGGGGCAGAUCGAGGAAGGUUCGUGA